CUCCUGAAGUCACAUCGAUUGCGAUAAAAGAGUGUGAUUCCAGAAGAUCCCCCCCUACUGCGACAGCGACGAAUGCCUAGACACUGCGACGCCGACCAGUUGAGCAUGUCCGCCACAUACAGCUGAUGCCGCCGAUUGCACCAAUGGAGGAGGAGACCAAGGAGCGCCGCUCCCAGAGUGGUCCCGAGUCGUCCUCAACGUCGGAGAAGCACCCAGCUCCCACCAACAAUGCGACAGGGUCCGACGCCGCCAACAAGAGAAGACGAGGGCUCGGCGUCGUCACGCCCAACGCCUGCACCGAAUGUCGCAAAAAGCGUGCGAAGUGCGAUGGCAAGAAGCCCUGCGCGAGGUGCAAAUCACAAAAGGAUGUUGAAUGCAUCUACGAAGUGCCGGUACGCCAGUCCAAGGAGCACCUGCGCCACGAGAUCGAGACACUGCGCCGGCAACAGCGCCAGAGUGAUCAUGUCCUGUCUGCACUCGUCCAGACGCAACUGAGCGAGGACAUUUUGGGGAGACUGCGCGAUGGCCAGACGGUUGAUAGUAUUUCGGAUUGGCUCGGCAGCAAUCUUCCCGCGGGUGGUACCACCUCGUCCAUCCUGGCGCAACCCACCUCGGCAACAAGCACGACACUCUCUCCCACUUUGGCCUUCGGCGCCGGCUUGGGCCCUGGUGGAUAUGCCCCGAUGGGCUCCAUGGGCCACCCAGCACAAACUCAACAUCAACAGCAGCAGCCACAAGGAGGCGGCGGCGUGGAUCAGAACAGCCCAUGGAAUUUCUCCACUCAAAGCCAUACCGUAUCCACCAGAAGCGAAUCCCACCCAGAUGCCAUGCAAUGGAUUUCUGACGUACCACCGCAAAGCCGAGUCGGGACCUGGAUCCAGGACCAGUCCACCGAAGGUGCGCGCUAUCGAGGGCUAGAUCAGAUACUCGCCUCGCUCGACUCACCCGAUAUGAAGGUUCCCGCCGGUACAUGGACCAACGUCACCGGAGAUGCCAGCUUGGUGCAGCAUCUGUUGGCACUCUACUUCUGCUGGGAAUAUCCGACCUUUGCCUCUCUCAGCAAAGAACACUUCCUCAAAGACUUCCUCGACGGCCGGCAUAGAUACUGCUCCCCGAUCCUGGUGAACGCCAUGCUGGCACUUGGCUGCAGAUUCUCGAGCCAGCCCAACACCCGCGCCAACCCUGACGACCCUUACACAUCAGGCGACCACUUCUUCAAAGAGGCUCUCCGGUUGCUCUAUCGGGAGACCAACCAUCACACAUUGACCACCAUCCAGGCUCUCGGCAUCAUGUCGAUAAGGGAAGCUAGCUGUGGAAGAGACUCGGAGAGUUGGUAUUAUGCGGGCCAAAGUGUACGCAUGGCAAUUGAGAUGGGCCUCCACAUGAUCCACGACGACGACGACGAAGACGAAUUGGCCGUUCAAGCCGCUACAUUUUGGGGGGCUUUUGCCCUUGACCACGCUUGGUCUCUGGCAACGGGCUCACUCCCUCAAUGUUCCUGCUUCCCUCGUCUCCCGCCCAAGCCGGCCAUAAUUGACGACGUAGAAGCAAGUUUAUGGAUACCGUACACGGACGACGGUUCUAACAACUUAGGCGCGCCUCUGCAACGGUCUUUCGAACAGCCUUCGAACGUGCGUUCGGUGUAUAAGUGUUUCUGCGAGUUGAGCGAACUAGUUCACCAAUCACUUUAUGUCCUCCACUCACCUGGCAGGCCCGUCACGAGCCGCGAUCUUCUUAAUAUCUACACACAGUAUCUUAAUUGGUACGACAGAAUACCCGAAGUUCUGCGGCUCGGACACAAUUUCACUCCUGCCGUGCUGUUUGCCCACAUGUAUUACCAUUUCGCCAUCCUUCUUCUCUUUCGCCCUUUCAUCAAAUUACGCAUUGUGGGUUCCAGCAUUAUCCCUCGCGAUGUCUGCUUGCAAGCUGCCGAUGCCAUGCAAGGCCUGCUGCGCUCUUACUCUCAACUAUAUACCCUUCGUCGGACACCGUCGUUCGUCCCGUAUUUUGUCCUCACGUCGGCAAUCAUGCACCUCGCUGUGGGUGCACACACCUCGUCGGAGCAGCCAGGCUCGCCCGCUGCCACCUCAAAUGCGUCAACCGCCAAGGUCGAGGACGCAUCGACGUUACACGCACACCCUCAUUCGUCGUCCGACAUGAAAAAGGAAUCUAGCUCGCCAUCGAGCAACUCAACAUCAAAACUGAGCCCCCGUGUGACCGAGGCCAUCACUCAGGGGAUCGCGGAUUUGACUGAAUUGGCACCUUGUCACCACUUCGCCGAACAAGCUUUGCACAUCCUACGCUACCUGGCCAAAAAAUGGCAUAUCCAAGUCAACAUACCGCCCCCACACAACAUACCAGCCAAGGACUUUGAUGGUGACGAGUACGCAGCGUCGUCGACGAGCAGCCUCAACUUCUUCGUGCCAAAUGUGCUAGUGGAUGACUUUACCUGUGUCUGGGGAAUUCGUAGCCAAGAAGGUGUGCCCGGUCCCGAUGCGCAGAAGCAAUCACAAACGAGGGGUGAUGCGGCGAACCCACCUCAGCCUUCCGGCUUUGACGGCAUGGAAGACGUCCAGGCACAAGGAGACACAGCAGAAUUACCCAAGAUGGAAGUCGUCACUGAGCAAGUACCAAUGGUACACAAAGCCACAAGUAUCGAGAAUCCUCUAUUCUGGCCCUUCCCCAUGCAAGGCCGGCCUAUGCUGCCUGCCGGUGAGCUUUUGGAAGAGGCUGGUUUCGCGAUACUUUAAGUAGGGAUUUCCUAUAGUAUUUCUUCAAGUUAGCCGUGACGUUUGUCAAGCCGCGAUAACUGGCGGGCGGUUAAAACGCACACAUGGUCGGGGUGUCAUGCGUUAAAGACGAAGAGAAACCCAACAAACGAGGCCAAGGG